GAUAUCGGACGUCGAUUAAAUUAAUCAGAGUUUGGUCGAAGUGGCCCUUAACCUUCCUUUAUAUUAUUUUUAAUCGUGCGUUGUUCCCACAUCAUGUAUAAGUUGUUAGGGGAAAUAUGGGGCAUUUGAUUUACACUAGAGCUAGGUUCCAAAACGGUGUAAAAUUUCCUCUCCGAGGACGAUUUUACUCGAUGGCCAGACUGAAACUAAUCAGAAACCAAAAAAAGUUUCGGAACGGCCAUCGAGUAAAUUUUUCUUCGGAGAGUACGUUUUGGAACGUAGCCUUAGAUGGGAAAUUUUGGAAUACGGAUUAGCGAGAACACAAUCUGGCAGCCCUGCAGCUGAUUUCUGCUUCACGUACGCAUCUAUCAAUCGGCGGAAAGAUAAAAGAUGGUAUACUGCCGGAAAGAAUCAUGGAAACGGCAGAGGAUCUCUUGACAGCGAAGAAUCAGAGCGAUCUGACAUUAAAGACAGAUACCGAGUUAAAAGAAUCUGUUUACGAUUUGCUAAGGACAAUUAAGGAUCCGGAGAAACCGCAAACCUUGGAGCAACUGGACGUUGUCUAUGAAGAUUGUAUAACCAUUUGCCACAGCACACCUGGAGGGGUCUCUGUAAUUCGCGUGGAAUUCAAUCCUACAGUACCUCACUGCUCAUUGGCAACUCUCAUAGGAUUGUGUAUUCGUGUCAAAUUGGAACGUCAUUUGGUAGCAUUGUUUAAAUUAGAUAUAUAUAUCAAAGAGGGUGCACAUUCCACUGAACAAGAAAUUAACAAACAAAUAAAUGACAAGGAACGUAUAGCAGCUGCAAUGGAAAAUCCAAAUUUACGGGAACUAGUGGAGAAAUGCAUAUUAGAGGAAGAUUAUUAGCAUUGUAUGUGAUUGUGAUGUAUAUGCUAUUGGAUAUCUUUUUGGAGUACAGUUUUAAUAUGCAUUAUAUUAUGUAAAUAAAUAGUAUAUUUUAUAUAUAUGAUACAAUUAACGAGCCCGACUUACAAUUAUAACAAGAUAUUUUUUCAAUGAAAAAAAAAACUACCUUGUAAAUUAAAUCGUUUCUUUUCUUGAUAAUAUUGUAAACUUGUAUUUCUGAUAAAAGAGUAAACGUUAUCGAUAAAAAGAUUAAUACAAUUCAAGGGUAUCAUAUAUAGAAUCUAAUGCAAUUUGUAAAUAUGAUGAAAAUUUUCUUUUUACAUUAAUCCAAAUUAGGAUAGACAAAACAGAAUAAAGAAAGUCAUAUGAAUCAGCAUGCUGAUCAAUAACAAGUUUCAAUUUGUUUA